AUGGGAGAAGUUAGUGAUGAUAAUUCCAACAUGUCCUUUCUAAAAAGAAUCGCUACAAGUGACGUACCACUGCUGAAAGAGUAUGGUGUCAAUGGAGUUGUCAUCGCCCUGCUUCUGGCUGUAGUUACUCCUGUCUUGCUUUCCAUGAUGUUUGGUAAGAAGACAAAGCAAAGGGCGGUGCGAGCUGAUGUGGGUGGAGAGGAGGGAUUUGCCAUGCGGAACAGUAGGUUUUCAUCCUUAGUUGAAGUCCCUUGGGAGGGCGCCACCACAAUGGCAGCUCUGUUUGAGAUGGCCAGCAAAAAGUACUCUCGACGGAGGUGUCUUGGCAUGAGGAAGCUAAUUAAGAGGGAAUUUGUGGAAUCUUCUGACGGUAGGAAGUUUGAGAAACUGCACCUUGGUGAAUAUGAAUGGGAUACCUAUGCUGAGGCAUUUAACCGUGCAUGUAAUUUUGCUUCUGGGCUUAUCAAGAUGGGCCACGACCUAGAUAGUCAUGCUGCUAUAUUCUCUGAUACAAGAGCUGAGUGGAUCAUUGCUGCUCAGGGAUGCUUCCGACAAAAUUUAACUGUUGUAACAAUAUAUGCAUCUCUUGGUGAGGAUGCAUUGGUGCAUUCAUUAAACGAGACACAGGUUUCAACUCUGAUAUGUGAUUCGAAUCAACUUAAGAAGAUACCUGCAAUCAGCUCUAAAUUGCAGAGUCUUAAGCAUAUUAUCUAUAUUGAGGAUGAACCUGUUGAGGCUGAGACACUGAAUCAAGUGAAGCAUCUGACAACAUUGUCUUUCACUGAAGUAGAGGAACUAGGCAAGACAUCUCAUGUUGAUGCAAGGUUACCUUCAAGCUCUGAUACUGCAGUUAUCAUGUAUGUAUACAAGCGAAGUACUGACCUUCCCAAGGGUGUAAUGAUCACACAUGGCAACAUUGUGGCCACAACUGCAGCAGUCAUGACAAUAGUCCCAAACCUUGGCAUGAAUGAUGUUUAUCUGGCUUACCUUCCAUUGGCUCAUGUCUUUGAACUAGCAGCAGAGACUGUCAUGUUAGCUUCUGGUACUGCUAUUGGAUAUGGUUCAGCAUUGACUAUGACUGAUACAUCAAACAAGAUUAAGAAGGGGACAAAAGGAGAUGUUUCUGUACUGAAUCCUACUCUUAUGAUUUCAGUUCCUGCAAUUUUGGAUCGUAUCAGAGAUGCUGUGUUUAAGAAAGUUGGUGAGAAGGGUGGCCUGGCAAAAAAGCUGUUUGAUUUUGCAUAUAAGCGAAAUCUUGCAGCAAUUGAGGGGAGUUGGUUUGGAUCUUGGGCACCGGAGAGGAUGAUAUGGGAUAACAUUAUUUAUAAACCAAUACGGGCAAUGCUUGGAGGACGUGUAAGAUUUGUUCUUUGUGGUGGUGCACCUCUAUCAAGUGACACACAAAGAUUUAUGAAUAUAUGUCUAGGUGUCCCAGUGGGUCAAGGCUAUGGAUUGACUGAAACUUGUGCUGGAGCAGCUUUCACUGAAUGGGAUGACACAAGUGUGGGUCGUGUUGGUCCACCGCUUCCUUGCUGCUAUGUCAAGCUUGUUUCGUGGGAAGAAGGUGGUUAUAGGAUUUCUGAUUCUCCGAUGCCGAGAGGAGAGGUCGUGGUUGUUGGACACAGCAUAACAAAAGGUUAUUUCAACAAUGAAGCAAAGACGAAUGAAGUAUACAAGGUUGAUGAGAGGGGCAUACGCUGGUUCUACACUGGUGAUAUUGGUCAGUUCCAUCCUGAUGGGUGCCUUGAGAUUAUUGACAGGAAAAAAGAUAUAGUAAAGCUUCAGCACGGAGAAUAUGUGUCUCUUGGCAAGGUUGAAUCGGCUCUGGCAACAAGCAAUUAUGUGGAGAACAUCAUGGUCUAUGCUGAUCCAUUUCAUAAUUAUUGUGUUGCCCUGGUUGUUCCAGCACACCAGGCCUUGGAGAAGUGGGCUCAAAAUUCUGGGAUAAACUAUAAAGGCUUUGAAGAGCUUUGCCAAAAUGAUCAAGCAAUUAAGGAGGUUCAGCAAUCACUAUCAAAGGCCGCGAAAGUAGGAAGGCUCGAGAAAUUCGAGGUUCCAGCAAAGAUCGUGCUGUUGCCUGAACCGUGGACGCCGGAGUCCGGGCUGGUGACGGCAGCGCUUAAACUGAAGAGGGAGCAGAUAAAGACCAAAUUCAAAGACGAUUUGGACAAGCUCUAUCACUGA